CCUGCCUCCUCUUCCUGCAGCUCCGCUCCUCCAGUUGGGCUUCCAAGACUCACUCCAAACCGCCGUCGACUGAGAACCCAAAAAUGGAUGGGGUGGAGGGCUGGGUGAGGGAUCAGCUCCAUGAGGUUCUGGGUAUGAGUGACCGUCAUGUGGCCCAGUUCCUCGUUGGCACUGCCCGGCGUAGUUCAAGCUCUGCAGAUUUGCUAAGCCGUCUAAUGGACACCGGAGCGAUCGAUGUCACGGAUAAAGUGCGGCGCUUUGCGGAGGAACUCUGGUUGAAGCUUCCCCAAAAAGUGUCAGUUGAACGCCCAGCUCGGGCAGCAGAGCGAGAGGCCCUGGCCAUUCAACAGAAAAACAAAUCCUACGCUCUUCUGGAAGAUAGUGAUGAGGAAGAGGCAAAGGAGGAGAGCAAAGGUGACAAGAAAAGGAGGAAGAAACAUCUGAGGAAGAGGAGGAAAGAAGAGUCGUCUGAGAGUGAGAGUGACCAUGCACAGAAAGAAAAAGCUCCAUCACCUCAGCUAAUCUCUGAUGAUGAAGAAGACCAAGAAGAGAUGGAACGGAUAAAGGAUCUGGAGGAAAGAGAUGCUUUUGCAGAAAGAGUGAAGCAGAGAGAUAAAGAUAAAACCAGGAAUAUUGUGGAGAGGUCAGAUAAAAAGGCAUACGAGGAAGCGCAGAAGAGACUAAAGGUGGCGGAAGAAGAUCGUAAAAAAAUGGUGCCGGAGCUACGGAAGAAGUCUCGGAGGGACUAUUUGGUGAAGAGAGAAAAGGACAAGCUGGAGGACCUGGAGGCGGAGAUAGCGGAUGAUGAAUAUUUGUUUGCCGAUUCUGAGCUGACCAGGGUGGAGAAACGGGAAUUGGAGUAUAAGCGCAGUGUGAGGGAUAUGGCGAAGGAGUACAAGAAAGCCGGAGAGAAGGAACGCAUGGAAAAACAUGACCGUUACUUCAUGCCUGAGGAGACGAGGAGUAAGAAAAUCCCAGACCGCUAUGAGGAGCCAGUGACAGAAGAGCGUUUUGCACCUCGAGAAGAGCAGAGACGCUGGGAGGAGGAGCACAUUGGAGCAGCGUCUCUGACUUUUGGUGCAAAGGAUGCCCGUGCACGUGGACAACAGCAGUAUGACUAUGUGAUGGAGGAAGAUGAGGUGAUCCAGUUUGUCAGUGCCACACAGAUGAAAGGAACUGUGGAGAAGGAAGACGAAGAGGCAAAAGCACUUUCAGAGUUGGAAAAAAAGAAAUUGUCCAUGCAAGAGGUGCGCCGCAGCCUUCCUGUCUUCCCAUAUAGAGAAGAUCUACUGAAAGCCAUCGCUGAGCAUCAAAUCCUCAUUAUUGAAGGCGAGACUGGAUCUGGCAAGACAACUCAGAUCCCACAGUAUCUACAUGAAGAAGGUUACACUCGUAAUGGGAUGAAGGUUGGAUGCACGCAGCCUCGAAGAGUAGCAGCAAUGAGUGUAGCAGCUCGAGUGUCACAGGAGAUGUCUGUCAAACUGGGCAAUGAGGUGGGAUACAGCAUUAGAUUUGAGGACUGCACGUCUGAGCGCACUGUAUUGAAGUAUAUGACUGACGGGAUGUUGCUGCGUGAAUUCCUCACAGAACCAGACUUGGCAGGUUACAGUGUAAUCAUUAUAGAUGAGGCCCACGAGCGGACCUUACACACAGACGUGCUGUUUGGCCUCAUUAAGGAUAUUGCCCGUUUCCGACCGGACCUCAAGGUCCUAGUCUCCAGCGCCACUCUGAACACUGAGCGUUUUUCUUCUUUCUUUGACGAUGCACCCGUUUUCCGAAUUCCUGGCCGUCGGUACCCUGUAGACAUCUACUACACCAAGGCCCCCGAGGCUGAUUACUUAGAGGCAUGCGUGGUGUCCGUCCUUCAGAUUCAUGUCACGCAGCCAACUGGAGAUAUAUUGGUGUUCUUGACAGGCCAGGAAGAGAUUGAGGCGUGUGUUGAGAUGUUACAGGAACGGUGCCGUCGGCUUGGUAACAAGAUAGCAGAGAUGCUGAUUCUACCGAUAUACGCCAACUUACCAUCUGACAUGCAGGCUAAGAUCUUUGAACCCACCCCUCCCGGAGCCAGAAAGGUUGUUGUAGCCACCAACAUUGCAGAGACCUCACUGACCAUAGAAGGGAUCAUUUAUGUCAUCGAUCCAGGAUUUUGCAAGCAAAAAAGUUACAAUGCUCGUUCAGGAAUGGAGUCCCUGAUUGUUACUCCCUGCUCUAAGGCCUCUGCCAAUCAGAGAGCAGGUAGAGCUGGCCGUGUGGCUGCAGGGAAAUGUUUCCGGCUCUAUACAGCCUGGGCAUAUAAGAAUGAGAUGGAAGAGACAUCAGUGCCGGAAAUCCAGAGGACUAACCUGGGGAACGUGGUGUUGUUGCUGAAGAGCUUAGGUAUCAAUGAUCUCAUCCACUUUGACUUCAUGGAUCCUCCUCCUCAUGAGACGUUGGUUCUGGCUUUGGAGCAGCUGUAUGCCUUGGGAGCCCUUAACCAUAUGGGCGAGCUCACUAAGCUGGGAAGGAGAAUGGCUGAGCUCCCAGUGGACCCCAUGUUAUCCAAGAUGAUUCUGGCUUCUGAGAAGUACGGCUGCUCGGAGCAAAUUCUCACCAUUGCCGCCAUGUUGUCUGUGAAUAACUCGAUUUUCUAUAGACCGAAAGACAAAGUAGUCCAUGCAGAUACAGCACGUGCCAACUUCACUGUUCCUGGGGGAGACCACAUGGUGCUGCUCAAUGUGUAUACCCAGUGGGUGGAGACUGGCUACUCGCUGCAGUGGUGCUAUGAGAACUUCAUCCAGGCUCGCUCCCUUCGCCGCGCCCGGGAUGUCCGAGAACAGCUGGAGGGACUCAUGGCAAGGAUAGAAAUUGAGCUGACAUCGUGUGAAGGGGACAGUUUACCUCUCCGUAAGGCUAUCACAGCUGGCUAUUUCUACCACACGGCUCGGCUCUCCCGCAGCGGCUACAAGACAGUGAAGCAGCAGCAAGCCGUAUUCGUACAUCCAAACAGCAGUCUGCACGAAGAACAGCCACGCUGGGUUAUAUAUCAUGAACUUGUCUUUACCACCAAGGAGUACAUGAGACAGAUCAUAGAGAUUGAAAGUCCAUGGCUUCUAGAAGUGGCUCCACAUUACUACAAGUCCAAAGAGCUGGAGGAUGCAGCCAGCAAGAAGAUGCCAAAACAGAUCGGGAAAAGCAAAGAUGAGCUGGGCUGAGGAGACGUCGGCUGUCAUCGAAUGUACUCAGGUUUGUGCUGCUAUGUGGCCUGAACCCAUCACUAU